GAUUCAUAAUAAUACACCCUCGUUUCUCUCUCUCUCUCUCUCCUUAAAGAAAGAGAGAGGAAAGAGAAAUAAACCUCUCUCUCUCUCUCUACACUCAUAUUUUCCCCCCCUCUCUCUCUAUAUCUCCGCAACCAAACCCAGACCAGUGCAGUAUCUCUUCUCUUGCGGAAAUGAAAUUGGACGCGUGUUUCAUGGUCGACGGCGAUGACCUUCUGAACUUUACCUUGGACGACGGUGAAGGCGAGAAGGACGCGAACCACGCCGCCGCCAUUGGCACUUCACCUGUCGUUUCGUCUUCCUUGGGGUCAUCAAAAUCCGUUAACCCUGAUGACUUCCCUGAAGAUAUGGAGGAAGAACUGGAGUGGUUGUCAAACAAGGAUGCAUUCCCGGGUGUUGAGACAUGUUUUGGCAUUUUUGGGGAAAACCCGUUAUUCGAUCACAAGAGCCCGGUGUCUGUUUUGGAGAAUAGCAGUAGUACCAGCAAUAGUAAUAGCAAUAGCAAUAGCGGUGGCAAUGGUAUGAUCAGCUGCUAUGACAGCCUGCGAGUGCCGGUUAACUAUCCUACGCGCCCGAGGAGCAAGAACAGGAAAAGACGGGAAACUGGUAUUGGGUACUUGCCCCUCAGGAACUGCCUGUGGGUCAACCAUGUGAAAAACAAGAACCAUAGGCAACAGUCGUCAUUCAAAGCGCUACCAGCAACUGCUGCGGGGGAGACUCCUACCAUAGGAAGGAGGUGCCAGCAUUGCGGGGUUGAUAAGACUCCACAAUGGCGGGCUGGUCCCAUGGGGCCAAAGACGUUGUGUAAUGCUUGUGGGGUGCGGUACAAGUCUGGUAGGCUCCUGCCAGAGUAUCGCCCCGCGAAUAGCCCUACCUUUUCGGCUGCAGUGCAUUCCAAUUCUCACAGAAAGGUUUUGGAGAUGAGGCGGCAAAAGGUAGGAGGAAAGGAUGGAAUCCCGAGUAAUGAAGCCUGUGGAUAUAGGGUAGCUAGUGGUGAGUAGUUUACAGCAUCUUGUGGAACAAUUUUUUUUUUUUUUUUUAAAGUCCAGUCAGGUUAAGUCUUAGGGAUUGUUGUAAUGGCCUAGAUGGUUAGGGGAUCAUAGUUGCUUUGUUUCAAUCAUAAUCUACUUAGGGAAUUUUGAACUUAGUUGUGAUUGGGUCAUGAUUAGAACAGAAUUCCAAAAAGAAGUUUUCCUAACAUAGGAGUUUUUAUGGUUUUCUCAUUUACUAUACUAUAUGUCCAAAUUUCAUGUGCCUAUUUCAAGUGGUGAAAUUUUGAAAGGAUGGAUUUGGUUUGAGA